AUGCACCUAAUUUUCCCUGGGGUUGCUAAUUCCAACAGGCGCAACAACUCUAUCACUACGUUGGAGGUAGAUGGGGUUACUUAUGAAGAUCCACAGGAUAUCGGGACCCAGAUGGUAAGAUUUUAUCAGAAUCUCUAUCGGGAGCAGUUUGAUUGGAAACCAGAGUUGGAGGGGCUACAUUUUUCUACUAUUACUGAGAAGGAUGCCAAUUGGUUAGAUAGAGCAUUUGGGGAUGAUGAAAUUAAGGAGGUGGUGUUCAGCAUAAAUGACGAUAAGACCUCAGGACCGGAUGGAUCCUCUUUUUCCUUCUAUAAGGCCUUGGGAAGUGGUGCGAUCAAGCAUUGUGGAGAUAUUAAGGACUUUUAUCCUAUUAGCUUAGUGAGUGGGGUGUAUAAGAUUAUUGCAAAGAUUUUGGUAAAUCGAUUAAAAGAGGUACUGGGGAAAUGCCUUUAUCAAAGGGUGCCGGAUUUUAGAUUCUUUAUGGUGAACGGCACUCCGGAGGGUUAUUUUCAUAAUAGCAGGGGAUUGAGGCAAGGGGAUCCUUUGUCUCCAUUACUAUUUGUCACUGUAAUGGAAGCUUUCAGUAGGAUGCUUGAGAAGGCUGUGGGAGAAGAUGUUCAGCAAUUCAGGAACCUACGUCGUGUGCUCUUGUGCUUUGAAGCCGCAUCUGGAUUGAAAAUAAAUUUGAAAAAAUCUGAGGCCAUCACAGUGGGAGAGGUCGAUAAUGUGGAGGAGUUGACUGCUAUAUUGGGUUGUAGGGUUACAGAACUGCUAUGA